AUGUCAACUCCUAACCCAUUUGCUGAUCCUUUUGCGGAUCCUUCUGUUCAACAAGCAACAGCCUCUCGACCUCUGGAUGGCACUGAAGAUUUCAAUCCUUUCGCCAAUAAGCCUCAGCCUGCUGCUGCUCAACAGCCUGCUAACACAGGUCCAGGAAUAGCCACGCGUCCAAUGGACGAUGAACUCUUCCGAAAGCAAGAGGAACUCGAGAAAAAGGCACAAGAACUUCGAAGAAGAGAAGAGGAGCUCGGGCGACGACAACAACAAGCAGGUCAGACAGGACAAAGAAAUGCAUCUCAAACUCAUAAUUGGCCACCCAUUCCUACCUUUAUACCCAUUGAGCCAUGCUUUUACCAAGACAUCGAAGUGGAAAUUCCUGUUCAAUUUCAAAAAACAGUGACUCUUGUUUACUAUGUUUUCUUAACGUAUAUUUUGGCCCUUGUCAUGAAUGCCAUCGCAUCGUUAUUCUUUUUCGUUUCCGCUAAAGGAUCUCUCGGUGUUCUGUUCUUGGCCAUUAUUCAGCUGGCUUUGUUUUCACCUUGCUCGUUCCUUUUCUGGUUCCGGCCCGUGUAUAAAGCUUUCCGCAAUGACUCUUCAUUCAACUUCAUGGUUUUCUUUUUUGUUUUAUUCUUCCACUCCAUCUACACAUUUUUCCAAGCCAUGGGAAUCAACAAUUAUGGAUGCGGCUGGGUCAACGCUUUAGAAACUAUUGGCGACCAUUGGUUUGUGGGAAUACUUAUGUUGCUUUCUGCUAUUUGCUUAACUACUGCGUUCAUUGGGAUGGUGUUCGCUUUGUUCAAGGUCCAUCGUCUUUAUAGAGGCUCCGGAUUCUCUCUGGACAAAGCGCGACAAGAAUUUACAGAUGGUGUAAUGAGUGAUAGAACUGUUCGUCAGGCUGCUAACGCCGCUGGAUCCGCCGCGGCUAGUGCGGCAUUCCAACAAGCUACAACUGGACGAUUCUAA